AUCGAGCCGCCAGCAGGUAGAGACGACAAUCGGCCGACAGCCGGUGAUGAAGUUGAUGCCCAGCACGCAUGAUCAGAGGGAGUGGUGACCUUCCGCGUCCUCAGAACGUCAGUCUAUCGCAAAUCGCCGGGAAGUUUGCUUCGUUGUCAGCCGUCUGCCAUCGCUGUUGACUUCUUCAAGGAAUCGUCGUUGAGCUUUUUGCUUUUACCAGACAAACGAAACAAAGCCCGCCAAAAUGGUCUGGAUCACCGUCGACGAUCAGAUGGCCGGCAAGCCAAAUACUCAAGCGUUAUACGCUCAAAGUCAACUGGAUCAUAUGUGCGCCCUGGACAUCGACAGUCGAGUGUCCUUCGUCCGUUUAUCCGGUAUUAUCUGCACGAUUGGUCCCGCAUCCCGAUCCGUGGAGACCUUGGAGAAGAUGAUCGAGACGGGAAUGAAUAUCGCCCGAUUGAACUUCUCUCAUGGAUCCCACGAAUAUCAUGCCGAGACCAUCGCUAAUGUUCGCCAAGCGCAAAAGAAUCUGACUGCCCGUGCUGGCAUCAACAUCCCCGUCGCCGUCGCUCUUGAUACGAAGGGUCCCGAAAUUCGUACCGGUCUCCUUGAAGGCGGCGGCUCGGCUGAAGUGGAAUUAGUUAAGGGUCAAACUUUUAAACUGUCCACCGACAAGGCGUACUUGGAGAAGGGAAACGCACAAGUUGUUUACGUCGAUUACGAAAAUAUUUCGAAGGUAUUGAAAACAGGAAAUCGCGUGUACGUUGAUGAUGGCUUGAUCUCUCUUAUCGUCUCUGCCGUUAGUCCUAAUUUAAUCUCGACCACCGUUGAAAACGGCGGUAUGUUAGGUUCCCGCAAAGGUGUGAAUUUGCCAGGAGUUCCGGUGGAUCUACCGGCAGUGUCAGAAAAAGAUAAAUCCGAUCUUCAGUUCGGUGUCGAACAGGAAGUUGACAUGAUAUUUGCCUCUUUCAUUCGAAACGCCGCCGCCUUAACCGAAAUCCGUGGCAUUCUUGGCGAGAAGGGCAAAAAUAUCAAAAUCAUAUCGAAGAUUGAGAAUCAACAGGGUAUGACAAAUUUGGAUGAAAUUAUCGAUGCGUCUGACGGUAUAAUGGUGGCGCGUGGUGAUCUUGGAAUAGAAAUACCUCCGCAGAAAGUGUUUCUAGCGCAGAAGUCUAUGAUCAGCAGAUGUAACAAAGUCGGAAAGCCGGUGAUUUGCGCCACGCAGAUGCUGGAAUCCAUGGUGAAAAAGCCACGCGCCACAAGAGCCGAAACGUCGGAUGUUGCUAAUGCUAUUCUCGACGGUGCUGACUGCGUAAUGCUAUCAGGUGAAACCGCAAAAGGAGAUUAUCCCUUGGAAUGUGUUCAUACUAUGGCCAACAUUUGUAAAGAAGCCGAGGCUGCUAUUUGGCAAACUCAAAUCUUUCAUGAUCUGUCGAGCAAAGCUUUGCCGCCUAUUGACGCUACUCAUGCUGUCGCUAUUGCCUCCGUGGAAGCAUCCGUUAAAUGUUUGGCUAGUGCCAUCAUCGUUAUCACAACAUCUGGUCGAUCCGCACAUCUGAUUGCGAAGUAUAGACCUCGCUGUCCCAUUAUUGCAGUUACUAGAUUCCAUCAGGUUGCUCGACAAGCGCAUUUGUAUCGCGGAAUAUUACCAUUGUACUAUGAAGAAACGCCAUUGGCCGAUUGGGUGAAAGAUGUGGAUGUACGUGUACAAUUUGGAUUGAACUUUGGCAAAAGUCGUGGUUUCAUAAAAACUGGCGAUUCUGUAGUAGUCGUGACGGGAUGGCGACAGGGCUCAGGCUUCACGAAUACGCUUCGUAUCGUGAAUGUCGAUUAAACUCGCACUAUUGGACUGGCAUAGGAAACACGGUCUUUAUGAAGAUGUAGAUGUAAUACUAAAGAUUACCGCGAACAUAUAUACAUAAUUAUAUCAUAUUGUCACGAGUUCCAGUAAAUACAGUUAUAUGAGACUAAUUUUAUUAGCAUAAACCCAGUAUUAUUUUAUUAUUGAGUAAUAUACAAAUGCAUAUAGAGAAAUAAAAGUUGCAUACAUAAGAUGUAUACAGAUAUUAUGUAAGUGAAACAAUGAUCUAAAGACAUGAUAUAAAGACAAAUAACUUUGGAUUAUUAAAUUAAAACAGCUUG